AUGGCUGCUUCAGGAAGCAGCAACAGCAGUACACGGACCAUGCAGUCACGUACUGGGAGGAGCAAGCAACGAUAUAACAGCAAGGGCGAGCGCCUGGUUGCCGGUGUAGUGGCGCUUACGGAAGACAAAGAGUAUGUGCUGCUCACUCAGUCAACUCGCCGGAAGGGUUGGGUAUUGCCCAAAGGUGGCUGGGAGACGGACGAAGAAUGCACGGAGGCCGCGCAGCGUGAAGCCUGGGAGGAGGCUGGCAUUCUUGUCACCAUCGACUACGACCUUGGCCAGAUCGAAGAGACUAGGGUUAAAACCUCGUCUAAAUCUGGCAAGUCUGGCAAGCGCGAGAAAGCCAUCUACCACUUCUACGAGGCGACCGUCACAAGCGAAGAGCAGGACUGGCCCGAGAAGGACAAGCGCCAGCGCAAGUGGAUGACGUUUCUCGACGCUUGGGAGUCCCUCAAAGAUAGGCCAGAGCUUCAGGAGGCAUUGAAACGCUCAGCUAUGAAGAGAUAG